AUGCCCGCCGCAGUAGAGCCAGCUCGUGUCUACACCGUCUCGGGUGGUGGUGCUGCCACUUCGGGAGCAGCAGGUACCUCCUUCAACUCGUCCUCUCUUCCAGAUCUAUUGCGAAAGUCGGGUUCAUCCAACAAGCGAAAGAAACGCAAGACCGCCCUAAAAGAUGAAGAGAUCCUCUCGCGUAUCGAGCUCAUCCAGGACUUUGAGUUUCCAGAAGCCAGCAAUCGCCUCACAGCAACAAGAGAUGGCCAGUCCAUCAUAGCAACAGGGACCUACAAGCCACAGAUUCGAGUAUGGGACUGCGAACAGCUUAGUCUCAAGUUCGAGCGCCACACAGAUGCAGAGAACGUCGACUUUUUGAUGCUUUCCGACGACUGGACAAAGUCGCUUCACUUGCAAACCGAUCGCACUGUUCAACUACAAGCACAAGGUGGCGCACAUGCCCGCGUCCGCAUUCCCAAGUUCGGUCGUGCACUCGGCUACCAUUUCCCUUCAGCUGACGCUAUCGUCGCUGCCGCAGGUCGUGAAGUCUACCGUCUCAACCUGGAUCAGGGUCGCUUCCUUGCGCCUUUUGUUCUCGGAGGUGGUGACCUCGGCGAGCCAACAGGAUGCAACGCCAUCGACGUUAACCCAGCACAUGGUCUUCUCUGCUUUGGCGCCGAAGGCACAGGCCUCGUCGAGAUGUGGGACCCGCGUAUGCGCAAAAGAGCCGGUGUGUUGAGUGUCGCUACCGAGACUGUACUAGACGCAGCGCUGCUUAUCGCCCGACGCAACCUUCCGGGUGUCAUUGGCGACUUCGAUGACGCCUCAGCUACCAAAGAGGCCCUGUCGUCUCUCUCGGUCUCCGCGCUUGCAGGUGCUGAAGACGGUCUCAACCUCGCUGUCGGUACCAAUACGGGACAUGUGCUUCUCUACGAUCUUCGCAUGGACCGACCGUACCAGACCAAGGACCAAGGUUUCGGUCUACCCAUCAAGAAAGUCAUGUGGCCCGGCGACAAGGCCGCAUCCACCACUGGUAGUGUUGGACCACGCACAAGAUCUGAAGCCGAAGGCAAGGUUCUCAGUGCAGAUGCAAAAGUCAUCAAGGUCUGGGACAAGGAUUCAGGCGACAACCUCGUUUCGGUCACUCCACCAUCUGCGGCCACAGAUAUCAAUGACGUUACACACUACCCAGGCACAGGUUUGCUUAUGGCCGCAGUCGAAGGCACGCAAAUGGCGGCAUGGUACGUUCCCGCGCUCGGACCGGCACCACGCUGGUGCUCGUACAUCGACACGCUCACCGACGAGAUGGACGGUGUCGGUUCAGCGGGUACAGGAGCCGGCAAGGGCGUCUACGAGGACUUCAAGUUCGUCGACCGCGCCGAAUUGGAGCGUCUCGGCAUGUCGCAUCUUGUUGGUACCCAGCUGCUCCGCCCUUACAUGCACGGGUACUUCAUCUCACUCGCCUUGUAUGAGCGCGCACGUCUUCUCAACAAUCCAACAGCAUACGCCGACGCCAGGGAGCGAGCUAUUAAGGCUAAGCUCGAGAAGCAAGCCGAGAGCCGUAUCCGCGCAGUCAAGAACCCCAAGCUCGAUGCAGGCGUGCGCGUCAACAAAGAGCUCGCCGAGAAGGUUGCACGAGCAGCAGAAAUCGCAGCAAAGAAGCAAACCAAGCGAGAUGCCAAGGCUGCUGCUGCUGCCGCCACCGCCGCUACAGAAGGAGACGCAGAGACACCAGCAGCCGAGACUGACGCUGCGGUCAGCAAAGAAGAUAAGCCAAGCGCCACCGCCAACCUUUUGUCGGACUCUCGUUUCUCGUCAUUGUUCCAGGACCCCGAGUUCCAGAUCGACACAUCGAGCCGAGAAUUUGCCAUGCUCAAUCCCUCUACCGCUCUCAAGCAGGUACGAGAUGAGCCAAGGAAGCUUACUGCUGUCGAGGACGAAGAGAACGAGAGCGACCGCGAAUCAAUCGAUCCCGACAUGGAGGACGAAGAGAGCUCCUCUGCCACGGAAGAUGAUGAGGGCGGUGAUUCGGGUGAUUCAUCAGACGAAGGUGACUUGGGUCAGUAUGACCCGCGUGCACGAGAUGCAUCCGGUAAGCGACCCAAGAAUCUCAACCAGGCAGCCGAGCUUCGUAAUGGCCGAAGAGGCGCGGGAGGACGCCCCUCCGGUGCUCGCCUGGUGGAUGAUGACGAUGAUGAAGAUGACAGCGGACACAGAGGUAACAAGAAGCGCAGCUUCGAAGACCGACUCAAGUCGAAAGAGGGGCGUGGUCCUGCAAGCGGACGCCGCCCUCGUGCAUCCGACUUUAUGGAUAGGGACGGAGAUGCCCCUGCUGGUGCAAGGAGCUUCACAUGGACCCCCUCGUCCUCGUCUCGUCGCGAUGAUGACGACAGCAAGAGGAAGAGUGGUGGCGCUCGCAAGGGUGCUGGUGACGAGACAUUCGGAUAUGGUCUCAGCAAGGGCGCCGGCGCUCAGGAGGGCAAAGGUGUCGAAGGGCUCUCUGAUGAGGCCAGGUUUGGCCGCCAGAAGCGACGACACCCCAACAGGUCUGCGAGUAAGAACGUCAUUAUGCGACGCACCUAG